CAACUAGUUCAUUCAAUGAUUCGCAAGGAUUUUUUUUUAUUAUUAGAAAUAAUUUUUAAAAUGUGGGUACGUUUUUCCUGAUUGGGUGUCAAAUAUCCUGAUAUGUGCUUCCUAAGAAUAUGAAAGAUAUGAUUGUUAUUGCUUACCAUGCCUGAAAUGUAAUAUAAUACAAAUGGGAAUGAGAGUUUGAUAUUGGUGCAUUUUAUUUACUGCAGUAGCUGCAGAUGAAGAAAAUAAUACUUACUGUCAAGCUGUUCCUGGUUUUCUCUGAAUAGGUUCAUCCGGCUCCUGGAGUCAAAUGUGUAUCACCAAUCAUCUCAGCAGCGCAGUGGAAGAAACAGCACCUGACGUGACUAUAUUCACAGAAGAACAUAGUACAGUCAAUGAAACUAUUAAGGAUGCUGAAGACAAUGUGAGUUGCAAUGAUGUCUCCACACCUAGCCUGGACUGCUGUUCUGAGGCUAAUACUGGAUCAAAGCCUCUGAAUGAAAAUUCCCAUGAGCUAUUACAUCAAUCAUCUCUGCCAGAACAGGAUUCUGUGCAAGAUCCACUAAAAGCUGAGGACAAAGAUUUCAUGAACCAUUCUCAUCACUCUGACAAAGAUGAAGGCAUAUCAGUAGAUUUAGCUGGCGUUGCAGAAGAUCAGAACAACAAAGUAAUUGAAACCAGCAAUAAUACAGAGGAUGUAACAAGUUGUAAUGAUAUUGCCACUUCCAACACAGAAAGUUGUUUGAUUAUAAACUCUGGGUCAGAAAUCAUGACCAAAAGUCUCCCGGAGCCUCCACAGCGAGCAACCACCCUGAAACUCGAAGAUGUGCAAAGAAUACAACAUGAAGAUAAAAUCCUGCAUCAGCAGAAAAUCAGCAAACGAACAAACACAAAUCAAGGCAGUUUUGACAAAGCCACUGAUUUGGAUCGAAACAAAAGUAAUGAAGAGAAACAGACAUUGGAAGCAGAGCUGCAGAAAUGCGUAGAGGAUUUGAAAAAACUUAAAAUACCAUCUACAUUCUUAAAGAAGCAGAGACACUGGCAAAAUGAAUUAUUAAAGAAGUAUGAUAUGUAAUUCUAUAAGUAUUAAGGUUAAAAAAGAAUAAUUACAAUACUUAUCCCAAUUCACUUGUGAACUUUCUCUUGGUAGAAUUGUGAAGUAAAAUGUGAAUAAAAUAAUUACACACAUGGUCCUAUGUCAAUAUCCAUCAAAGUAGCUGCACAGAACCUAUAUAAAAUGUUAAAUUAUUAUUUAUCAUAGUUUUCACACAUUCUGAACUGGGCUACACUUUCCAUGGAAAUCAAUUUCUUUGUUUUUAACUUUUCAAACUUUCUGUUUCUUACUGGCAAUAGCCAUUAAAGAAUUGUAUCAUGCACUGUUGUAUGGAAUGUACUAUUAUGUCCAGUUUGCUGGGCAAUCAACAACAAGUUGGAAUUUGUGAUUUUAUUAUGAGCAUUAACUUUAUUUCUUUUAAGACAUGGAGUUUGAACCCCAAACAAAACAAUAUCAGUUAAUAUACUUAAAUAUACUCAAAGAACAAUUACUUGAAAUCACGUGUAUAAUUUAGUAAGAUUUGUUUAUGUUUUUCCAAGCGUUUUUUUAAUCAGCCUGUGAUACCCAAAUGAAGCUCAUUAAUUUUUUUUUAGGGUUUAGAUACAACUUUGAUUAAAUGUGCAAAACUAUUGGUGAUAUCUUCUCUUUUGAAUGAAUAAAUAGCUGAAAUAAAGUGACAUUCCCAAAUUAA